GCCAGAGCCAGAGCCAGUAGACCUCAGUCGCUGCCACCGCGACCUCACCGCGACCUCGCCAUGCCUCGCACGUCCAAAUCCAAGUACAAGGCGACCACGGCAUCCCCGUCCAAAUGGAUCUGGAACAAAGGUUAGUGGUAAUGAGUGGGAAUGAAAAGCGUCAGCUGCUUUUCUGGCCGAGAGUAGAUGACGACCGUAGCAGCUGGGAGGACGCCCGCUCCUCUGAGGACAAGAGUGGCAGUGCGGACGAGGGAAGCGAGCCAGAGAGUGAUGCAUGUUACUAUCAGGCAGAGAACAGAAUAAAUGUUAUGCCAGAGAAAUUGUUCAAAGUGAUAGUAAUAGGAGAUCCAACAGUAGGCAAGACAUCAUUCGUGCAGCGCUACGUGCAGAAUACGUACAGGAAGGAUUAUAAAGGCACAGUCGGCGUUGAUUUUGCUCUCAAAAUCUUAAAACUAGGAGAGGGACAGACAGUUAAACUUCAGCUGUGGGAUAUUGCAGGUCAGGAAAGGUUCACGUGGAUGACUAGAGUAUACUAUAAAGACGCUCAUGGAUGUGUCAUCAUGUUCGACUUGACCAACAAAAAUUCUUUCGUCAACACUUUAAAGUGGAAACGGGACGUUGAUUCAAAAUGUACUUUGCCUGACGGAAGCCUAAUCCCUUGCAUGUUGCUUGCAAACAAGUGUGAUCUUCAAGCACAGAGGCAGGUUGAUCAGAUGGAAAUAGAGACUUUCUACAAACAGCACAACUUUAUUGGUUGGACAGAAACGUCUCCCAAGGAGGGCCUGAUGGUUAACGAUUCCAUGCGGUUCCUCGUGGAUGUAAUGAUGAAGCAAGAAGGCAGUCAGAACUACCAGUCCGGUGAUUCGCCAGACUACAUCGCACUAUCCGGCCCCGGGCCCCAGGCCAAGAGAUCCUGUUAUUGUUAACCUCGUACCUUAUAAUACGCCUCACGAUUCUCCUUGUAAAAUACAGUUGUUAUUCGUAGUUAAAGCGAUUCUCAUAGAA